AUGGAGACCUUCCAAUACACUCCAUUGGAUUAUGGAGAUUGCUCCUUUCGCCUUAUCCAACUUUUUCACGGAAAGGAUGAGUCCAUACAGUGUACGCUGUUCGACGCUUGGCUCUAUCACACGGACAGUACCAUGGAAUACGAGGCUCUAUCGUAUACAUGGGGAAACCCAGAUAAGGCGUUCGAGAUUGUGAUGAAUGGCACGAGGAUGCCAGUCACGAAAAACCUGUUCCUAGCAUUGCGGUAUCUACGUCACCCAAGCCAAGACCGCAUUUUAUGGAUUGACGCGAUUUGUAUCAACCAGGAAGACAACAAAGAGCGGGGCCAUCAAGUACAACAAAUGGCAUCUAUAUACAAACGAGCAGAACGAGUUGUUAUCUGGUUGGGUCAAGCUACAUCCGAGACAGAUCUAAUCUUUCGUUGCAUGCAUCAGUUAGAGGAAGAUGUUUCGCGAUGCACGCACAAGGACUGGGAAGUGUUCGAUGAGCGAUGGCGAUGGCAAACCCUUUGGUCGACUACGCAACAGUGGCGACUACAUGAGGGUCUAAAGACUCUCUUAGAUCAUCCUUGGUUUAAAAGAGUGUGGAUAAUACAAGAAGUUGCCCUAGCUCGGUCAGCUAUUAUCGUCUGUGGUGCUGAAUCAGUCUCAACGGGUAUAUUUGCAGUCGUUCCAUCUUUGAUGGGGAUGACACCUGAUCCCCACUGUCAAGCAAUUCUGGCAAUAAUGCCUGGUCCUACAAGGGAACGUUCUUGGAGCUUCCAAGACCUACGUACACUACUACUUGCAUUCAAAGAAAGCAAGUCAACCGAACCAAGGGAUGCCAUAUAUGCUUUGCUUGGCCUAUCAGAUGCACACGAUAGCGACUUUCUUGUACCAAAUUACGAUAAAUCCAUGGUCGAGGUCAUUCAAGAUACUGUCGCAUUCAUU